AUGGCUGCGGUCCUGUCGACCACACUCAACAGAUUUCGGGACAAGACCCCUAUUGUCCCGGAACUUCGACAGCCACGUUCCAAAGGACAGCCUGGAAUCAAUCAAUGGCCGUCAUUAUUUCAGACAGCUGUAGUGGCCACAGCUCUGAAGAUAUUGCUUUUCCCAGCCUACAAAUCCACAGAUUUUGAGGUCCACCGAAAUUGGCUGGCUAUCACAAACUCCUUGCCCGUCAGGGGUUGGUACUAUGAGACAACUUCAGAGUGGACGCUGGACUAUCCGCCGGCUUUCGCAGCAUUCGAAUGGCUCCUCUCGCAGCCAGCGAGAGUGAUAGAUCCUGCUAUGGUACUGAUACAGAACCUGAACUACGACUCGUGGGCGACGGUCUGCUUUCAACGAUCAUCGGUCAUCUUCACCGAGCUCCUGCUAGUUUAUGCCUUACACAGGUACACGGAGACCUCACCUUUGUCGACUCGACGCCAGAGUCAUGCCGUGGCCCUGUCGAUCUUACUGUCGCCAGGCCUUUUGAUUAUCGAUCACAUCCACUUCCAAUACAAUGGCUUCCUGUAUGGUGUUUUGAUUCUCUCCAUUGUCCUUGCCCGGAGAGAUUCAACCAUGCUGUACAGUGGCAUCCUCUUUGCUGUCCUUUUAUGUUUAAAGCAUAUCUACCUCUAUCUGGCUCCAGCUUACUUUGUGUACCUGGCCCGGGCUUAUUGUCUAAGUCCGAAGAGCAUGUUUCGUCCUCAGUUUACCAAUAUCCUCAAGCUGGGAACUAGCAUGGUAGUGAUCUUCGGGGCAGCUUUCGGUCCAUUUGCUGCUUGGGGCCAACUUGACCAGCUCAAAAGCCGACUAUUUCCAUUUGCGAGAGGCCUCUGUCAUGCAUACUGGGCACCGAAUGCCUGGGCAGUCUAUUCUUUCUUGGAUCGGGUGCUGAUAGUAGCAGCCCCUUACUUGGGUCUUAAUGUUGACCAGAAGGCAGUCAACAGUGUUACUCGAGGCCUUGUGGGCGACACCACAUUCGCCGUUUUACCAGACAUCUCAGCCAGCCAGUGCUUCGCCAUCACGCUAUCAUUUCAGAUUAUCGCCCUGACAAAGCUGUGGUUCCGUCCUUCUUGGGACUCGUUCGUGGGGUCCAUCACCCUCUGCGGAUAUGCAUCGUUCCUUUUCGGCUGGCACGUACAUGAGAAGGCCAUACUACUUGUCAUCAUCCCAUUCAGUCUCCUGGCCAUCAAAGAUCGAUCAUACCUCGCCAGUUUCCGACCUCUCGCAGUGGCAGGCCAUGUGUCGUUGUUUCCGCUUUUGUUCACGGCAGCCGAGUUCCCCAUCAAGGCCGCCUACACUAUAUCCUGGCUGAUCAUCUUCCUCUACGCCUUUGACCAAUUGGCCCCGGCACCUUCCAGACGGCGAAUUUUCUUCUUGGAUCGAUUUGCCCUGCUGUAUAUUGCCGUCUCUGUUCCACUGAUGGCAUAUUGCUCGCUGGUGCACAAAAUGGUCUUUGGAGCUAGAUACGAAUUUUUACCCCUGAUGUUUAUCAGCACAUACUCUGCAGUAGGAGUCAUAGGAUCGUGGCUGGGAUUUAUGGUUUGCUAUCUGUCAUAA